AUGGACGAAAUGCACAUCAGUCUUUUUUCCAACGAGAUCUACCUGAGCAGCUACUGUAUCAUACUCGUACUGCAACUGUUCUGUGCUGGAAUAAAUGGGAUCAUUAUCAUUAUGUUCUGGAAACUCCCCGCUCUCCGUAAAAACAAACAUCUCCACCUCGUCUUCUAUCUUUCUGCUAGUGAUUUCCUAGCGGCAUUAUUUGAAAUACCGUAUAUUAUUUAUAUGAUAUUAAAAUGGAAUAAUUAUCAACUCGAUUUCGACCCACUUGUCAUUUUGAUUUCUUCCACACCUCUGCCUCUGCAACGUAAAGUUUCGGCGAUCAUUACUAUAGGAAUAGCGGUUAGCAGGAAUCUGGCCAUAUUUUUCCCCGCCAAAUUUCGAAAACUUGAACAAAGCUACUACUCUGAAAUAACUCUUGCCGUUGGUAUAGUGUUUGGGGUAUUUGAUGCCGUUUUAAUGUUUGUAACAUCCCCAAUAACCAGAGUUCCAAAUUGUGGAACUAGCGGAUGCUUUGUCAGUGAUCAGUUCCGAUCAUAUUGGGGAACUUCGAAUAUGAUACUCGGAUUCAUUGUGGUCAUUUUAUCAAUCAGCAUUUUCUUUAAAAUCAAAUCAGUUGGAAAGGAAACACCAGUUAUCCAUACUCCUCUAAAACAGUGCAGUAAAUUUCAGCAGGCAAACCGAACAACCACUGGAAUUCUGAUUUCCUCUUUGUUUUUCCUAACGAUUCCCAGUUUGUGCGUGGGAAUUCUCGAGUCUAUGGGAUACUCGAUAUUCAGACUCGUUGGACCUUUCUAUUCAGCAAGUUUGAUGUUGAGCGGGAUUUCUAAUGGAGUCAUAUUCAUCGGUUGCAACGGUGAUGCACGUCGAAUGAUUGCCAGUAAAUCAGGACAUUCGAUGAGUCAUACUAACUCGGCAUGUCAUCGGCCUGUUGUCUUGAAGAUAUAA